AUGCAGGCAAUCAGCGCGCGACCGGCGACAUUCAGCGCCGGCGCCCCGCCAGCAGCAGGCGGCCGCCCGCAGCGGCGGCGGCAGCAGCAGCGCGGCGCGGGCCUGGUUGCACAUGCCGACGUCGGCUUCUGCCGCGACAAGGUCAGCGAGCGCACAGACAAAAUGGAUGAGAUUGAGGGCACCGCGACAGUCGUGUUUCUGGGCGUGAAUGGCACCGAGGUGGAGGUGGAGUGCCCGAAGGGUGGCUACAUCCUUGACGUGGGGCUGGAUGCGGGGCUGGAGCUGCCCUUCACCUGCAAGGGAGGCAUCUGCGGCUGCUGCGUGGGCCGCGUGUCGGCGGGUGAUGUGGACCAAAGCGACAUUGCUGACCUGUCGUUUGUGCUGACAGAGGAGGAGGUGGCCAACGGGCUCACCCUGAUGUGCAUGGCGCGCCCUGUCAGCGAUGUCGUGCGCAUCGAGACGCAGAGCGACUGGGGAUACAGCCUGGGCAGCAACGACUGGAAGGGCCCCAGCGGGCACAUCAUGGGCAAGGACGUGGACCCCCUGAUGGGCUCCCGCUGGGUCAAGGACAAGGCGGGAGAGACGGAGGCGGCGGGCGCCCAGCAGGAGUGA